AUGCUACAGAAAACAAAUCCAGGCACGAUAAUUGACAUAGAGAAACAAGAGGAUGAUAGUUUCCAAUAUGCAUUUGUUGCAUUAAAUGCUGCUAUUAAAGGUUGGCCAAACUUCAAGCCAAUCAUGGUUGUUGUUGACGGGACAUUCCUAAAGGCCGCGUAUGGAGGCACUUUGCUCAGUGCAAACACACAAGAUGCAGAAUCGAAAAUAUUUCCACUUGCAUAUUGUAUUGUUGAUUUUGAGAAUGAUAAAGCAUGGGAGUGGUUCUUCAAAAAAAUAAAAGAAGCAUUUGGGGUUCGAGAAGAUCAAUACCUAAUAUCAGACAGACAUGAAAGCAUCAUCAAAGCAACAAGAAGAGUGUUCCUAGAAAUAACACAUGGCUACUGCAUCUUCCACCUCUUGUCAAAUCUGAAAACAAAAUUCAAAAUAAAUGCAAAACAUUUCAGAGGUCCAUUCUUUCCAACCGCAAAAGCUUACACAGAAAUGGAGUUUGAAUUUCAUAUGAGGGAGCUAGACAACUUGGAUAAGCGCAUAAGACCGUAUCUGGAACAAAUUGGCCAUGAGAAAUGGUCAAGAUAUCAUUCAAAAAAUAACAGGUACUCUACUAUGACAUCUAACAUAGCUGAAGCAUUGAACUCAGCAAAUUUAGCAGCAAGGGAAACACCAGUCACAACAUUAAUGGAGUGUUUGAGGGCACAAAUACAAGAGUGGACGUACAAUAAUAGAAAAGAGGUGAAACCAACAAAUCAAAACCUAAUUGAGGUGAUAGAUGAAGACAGAACAAGAAUAGUAAACUUGAAGGACAAGACAUGCACAUGCAACAGAUUUCAAAAAGAUGAAAUGCCAUGUAACCAUGCAGUUGCUGUCAUGAAGGACUUGAACAUAAACACAUACAACUACUGUGCACACUACUACACAUCAAAGCAUGACUACAAACAUAUAAAGAGAUAG